UCCUGUCACUGGCUUAUAUGGACAAGUCAGCCUUCUGUCACGUGACCCCAGCUGCUAAAAACAGCCCCAGCUCCCGCUCCAAACCUGGGCCUGAAACAAUGUCCUCCACCAAAAGAAACAUGAAGGACACUUGAUCACACAAUCCUUGGAAUUAUUUCCAGGAAACCCUUGUAGAGACCAUUCGGAGCACCCCUUCCCUGGCGGUGCACACCGUGACGGCUAGGAGAUGAGCGCAUCUUUGAAUUAUAAGUCUUUUUCCAAAGAGCAGCAGACCAUGGACAACUUGGAGAAGCAGCUCAUCUGUCCCAUCUGCUUGGAGAUGUUCACGAAGCCUGUGGUCAUUCUUCCCUGUCAGCAUAACCUGUGUAGGAAAUGUGCCAGUGAUAUCUUCCAGGCCUCUAACCCGUACUUGCCCACAAGAGGAGGCACCACGGUGGCAUCAGGAGGCCGAUUCCGCUGCCCAUCCUGUAGGCAUGAAGUGGUUUUGGACAGACAUGGGAUAUAUGGACUUCAGAGGAACCUGCUGGUGGAAAAUAUCAUUGACAUCUACAAGCAGGAGUCCACCAGACCAGAAAAGAAGUCCGACCAGCCCAGGUGCGAGGAGCAUGAAGAAGAGCGCAUCAACAUCUACUGUCUAAACUGUGAGGUGCCCACCUGCUCUCUGUGCAAGAUCUUUGGGGCACACAAGGACUGCCAGGUGGCUCCCCUCACUCACGUGUUCCAGAGGCAGAAG